AAGCAAAACCCUCUACCGAAGCUCAGUGCAACUGGUGAGAGGACCACCAAUGUCUGUUUGUUUCCGAAGCGUCCGCGAUUGAACACGACAAAAAGAAAGGUUAUUGCUCCAUGUCGAGCAGCAAACACAGUGAUGGGUCUCUGCAAAACUAGCAAAAUGGGGUGUACAAUCCUGAUAGAGCGCCCAGGGAAGCGGCAGUGCCCGAACGUUGAAGGCGAACAAUCCAGAGAGAGAGACGAUAAACAGGACAUGAGCAAGAACUUUGUUGUGAAAGAAACACUCUACGGCAGCGUGGCGCAAGAAUUGCGUGACAACGGCACUGAGGAAGAGGAACCUAGUGACGACGAUGAGGAGGAGGGCGAAUCAAGCGACGACGAUGAUGAGGAGGAGGAAACGAACGAGGAUGUUGAUUCAGAAGACACAGACUCUGAGGAUGAUGAAGGGAAGAACAAGUCGGGAAUAAAUGUCGACAUGUUCAAGAAAAGUCUAUAUGGAGAACUUUUAGGAGAAGCGAAGAAGAUAAUAGCACAGGAGGUGAGAAGAGGAUUGUACAGCAAAUCAAGCAAGAGUGAGAAACCUCCUUACAACUUGGGAAAGCGCGGCAGGAACGUACGUGUGUACAACAAAAAAGCUAACUACCACGUGACCAUGAAGAAUGUUGAACUAUUUCUGAAGGAAGAUUGCUGCAAGGCCAACUAUUACAAGAAGUUCACGGCGGUAGAUGUUUUCUACAAGCGCGAAGAAUUUUGGGCGAUGAAACAAAUUGAGCAACUCAACUUCUUUCUCGCAGAGAUGAGGGUUGCGUCAUACUUUUCGGAUGAGGGAGAUUUAGAGGUGUUAAGAGUGACGUUCAACGGGGUAAAGGCUUGCACAAAAGCGUGGGGAAAGCUGUACGGAUGCUCGACUGCACGUGUUGCAAAGAUACGCAAAGAAUUCAGAGAAGGAAUGGUGUUGUACGAGCAUGCAAACAAAGGAUCACUCCGAUUAUCUGCUUCAUCACAGCAACUUCUCGCCUGGUUGCAUAAAUAUUUUCGAUACAAUACAGAAAGUAUGCCAAAUAGCGACCAGCGCAGAGACGUGUACGACUUCUUCAUGCGAGACUGCAAAGAGCUCUACACGAAUAAGACUCUUCCUUCCCGUUCCAGAUUUAUGACCAAUUGGAGGGUUCACUGCCUGAAGGUUCUUAUUCGUGCAUUGAAGAGAGAAGGUCUGGACAUCUUCAAGUCAGAGCUAACAGGACAAGUUCAAGCUUCGUCAAAGCAUGCAAUCAGGUCUUUGGAAGCAAGAUAUCGACUUACUUGUUGGGGUGAGGACGAGAGGCGUGAUAAGGUCGUCAGCAGUGAAGAUCAUGUCCGUAAUCGAAAGGCGGGAGGAUCUUCGAAAUUCAAGGUUGACGAUGAUGUACUUUCCAUCGCCGCCUUGAAAGCCAACGUACAUGCCCUGUCGCAUUACGCUCAACCCCACAACAUUGAAUGGUGGAAUAAGUUCAUAGCAACGCAGGAAACUCUUGACCUUGAGGACACAAACCUCAAAGAGCCUUUCACGUGGCCCUCUGUAACAGCUGAUGUCAGCAGAGCAUGUGAAGAAGUUCCACCAACCGCUAACGGCUGUGACCAACGCUGGGAUGAUAUUUUCCAUCCUGAGAGACUCAUCUCCAUCGGCGCACGAAAGAGCAGACAGUUUCGAGAGGACAGAGACGGAAAGUACGACGAUCUCGAGGUCAACACUUUCAUCGCAUUACGAGCUUGUUCGGGGCAGGAAGAGAGAGGCAAACCUUACCACAUUGACAAGGUUGUCGAGCUGCUAGCAGGUAAAUGAUUCAAAGUUGCUUGGUUUGCACAACGUGAAAAAGGAGAGGGUUACUAUCCUCAGUUCAAGACAAAUGCUCAAGGAAAGA